AUCACGUUCUGCGACUUAAACGCACAACCAAAACACAUGGCUAAACAUUCCUCGGGUAAAAUAUAGAUUUACACACACAUAUAUAGGCAUUUGGAUUCAAACACACAAUGAAAGUUAAAGUUCUUAGUAGGAAUCCGGACGAUUAUGUUCGCGAGACGAAACUGGACAUACAACGUGUUCCUAGAAACUACGACCCAAUUCUCCAUCCGUUCGAGGUGCCCAGAGAAUACACCCGCGCCAUGAACGCCACCAAGCUGGAGCGAGUUUUUGCCAAGCCGUUCCUUGCUUCCCUAGACGGACACAGAGACGGCGUGAACUGCAUGGCCAAGCACCCGAAGAGCCUAUCCACUGUGCUCUCAGGAGCCUGCGAUGGAGAGUUGAAAGUAUGGAACCUUACCAAGCGAGAGUGCAUCCGCACGCUGCAGGCCCAUGAAGGGUUCGUACGGGCAGCGUGUGUUCGCUUCUGUGGGACAUCCUUCUUCACAGUAGGUGAUGACAAGACCAUCAAACAGUGGAACAUGGAGGCCCCGGGCUACGGACAGGAAGAGGAGCCAAUCAACACCAUUCUAGGAAAGUCUGUGUUCACGGGUCUGGACCACCACCAGACGAACGGGGUGUUUGUGACGUGCGGCCAACAGGUGGACGUCUGGGACGAGCAGAGGACCAGCCCCAUCCGCUCCUUCUCCUGGGGCGUAGACAGCUUCAGCUGUGUCCGUUUCAACCCAGUGGAGACUGAACUCCUAGCUAGCUGCGCCUCUGACAGAAGCAUAGUGCUGUAUGACAUGAGGGAGGCUACACCUCUGAAAAAGGUGAUUAUGACCAUGAGGAGUAACACCGUGUGCUGGAACCCCAUGGAGGCCUAUUAUUUCACAUGCGCCAAUGAAGAUUACAAUCUGUACACAUAUGACAUGAGGUACCUGGAUAAGCCUGUCACGGUGCACAUGGACCAUGUGUCUGCCGUGCUGGACGUGGACUACUCGCCCACGGGUAAAGAGUUUGUCUCUGCCAGCUUUGACAAGACCAUCCGGAUCUUCCCCAUGGAAAGUGGCCGCAGCAGGGAGGUGUACCACACCAAGCGCAUGCAGCACGUCAUCUGUAUCAAGUGGUCUGCAGACAGCAAGUACAUCCUCAGUGGAUCUGACGAGAUGAACAUCAGGAUGUGGAAGGCCCACGCUUCUGAGAAGCUAGGAGUGAUGACCCCCAGGGAGAGAGCAGCGGUGAACUACAAUGAGAAGCUGAAGGAGAAGUUCCAGCACCACCCUCAGAUCCGACGCAUCUCGCGUCACCGCCACCUGCCCAAGGCCAUCUUCUCCCAGAGCAAGGAGCUGCGCGUCAUGAAGGAGGCUCGCCGCAGGAAGGAGACGAAUGUGAGGAAGCACAGCAGGCCAGGCUCCAUGCCUAUUGUUUCAGAGAAGGCGAAACACGUUGUGGCGGUGGUCAAGUAGGAAAGUCCUCCGGCUCCUCCCCUGUAUAUUUGACCUUUGACCUGGAGGAAGGACUUCCUGUUCUGCAUUUCCAGUUGGGAGUCAUGUUGGCUGAGCAAAACGAGAUGGAGAACUUGGAGAUCGGAGCACAGAACUAGCGGAUUUGAAAAUGUAUGUCUCUCUAACUGGUCUGAUGUAGAGAAAACACACACACUGCCUGCCCAGCACUGUAUGGAGCUGUGUUGCUCUUCUUCAAACACAUGAAUAACAGAUGUUAAUAGCUUCUUCUUUUUUUAUCUGGAAAGGGAAAUUAUAAAAGCCUUUUUUAACUAUAACAUUUAAUAAAAAUCAUCUGGACCUUA